UCUCUAUCUCUUUCAUCUUUUUCUUCUAUCGCCUUGUGACUCUAUCCCCCCUCGUCAACAGGAACAAUAUCCUCCCCGCCCCUUGUGGCAGUGAAAAUCGAACAAAUACAUCAGCAGCCGCCCGCCGGCUCUAUCAGGGCUCUUCGCGACACGUUUCUACAGACACCAGUAGCCCCGUAAACAUCGUCCCCCUACCGCGCCCCUCUCCACCACCCCUACCCCCUUCCUGGCGAUGUCGAACACGCCCUUCGAGACAACCCUGCCCACCCCCGAACACCCCUACGUCCUAUCCUGAUCCCCCUCCCCAUCAUACGACAGCGUCCCAGAAAUCAUUCCGUCCGACAAGACGGAUAAAGACGUCUUUUCACCCACAGCGAAACCGCAGAUCACGACGCUCCACUACGAAAGCCCGGUUGAGCGCAGCUCCGCUUCGACGCCGGGGAGUAUACCCAGCAUAUCUGUUGAAGACACUGUCGAGCUAGAGGUGGGAGAUGGGGCUUCUCCAGCGCCGUAGCAACCGGCACAAUGUUCAAAAGUUGGAGACGGGAACCGAGAUUUCUUGGUUACAAUGGCAUCCCAAGGGUAAUGUCGUGGCUGCUGGGUGUGAAGAUGCGACCGUCUGGCUAUGGAACUUGCCAUCUGGCAACACCCUGAACGUCCUCUCCGCCCACACUAUGACCAGUACCGUCGGACUCUUCACUCCCUCCGGCAAGCAGCUCCUCACAGCCUCCAUCGACUCCUCCCUCAUUCUCUGGGACCCCCGUGACCCUUCGCCUAUCUGGAGAUCUCCCAUCUUUACACCUCCCAACUGGCCCGAUCUCGACCCCUCAGAACACGGUAUCACCGCCCUCGCUGUAUCGCCCAAUGGCCAGAUCGCUGCCGUCCGAAGUGCAGGCGGGCAGGUCAAGCUCGUCGAUGUAGCCAAGGGAGAUCAGCUGGCUACCAAGCUCGCCGGGCACGCCGAAGGCGAAAGUGUCGAGGCGCUCGUCUUUGUCGACCUCUUGAACGGCGCUACGGGCGGCAACAAGGGCGUUGUCCUCGUCUCUGCCGCUACAGGCGGCAAAGCCUUUGUCUGGGACGUCGCCACAGGCCGAGUCCGCGCCGAACUGUCCCACUCUGAACCCAUCACCACCGUCACAGCGCACCCCUUCCCGCAGCUCCACCUGGUCACGACCGCGUCUGCCGACAGCACGCUCAAAACGUGGGAUAUCCGUACGGGCGCGAUGAUGGGGACGCAUACGGGGCACUUGGGGGUGGUGAAUGGAGUGGCGGUGGCGCCUGCGCCCGGGGGAGAGGGGAAGGCGCUCGUUAGUGCGGGAGACGAGGGUGUCAGUUUGAUUUGGAAGAUUUAGCGUUAGGGGUGAGGGUAUACAUUCUUGGUGAGCUCUGCUUGAGAUGAUGGUAUACGCGAGAGAAAGAGGCUGCAGCUGUCCCGUCCUCAGCAUGUUCCUGAACCUACUCCAACUGCUACCAGAUCACGCUCCUACGUUGAACCAUCCAGCUGAGAUGACCGGUUCCGGGGCGGGAGGUUCUGUUGAGUGUCGAAGUAGUUUGUACUGUACUCGAGUAUCUCUGUAGCCCAGUGAAGGGUAGAUAGCGGCUCUAUUUGUUGGACGAUUGGAUGUAGAUGUAACUACAGAGCCAA